UGUUUUUUUCCUCCUCCUCAUCUCCCAAGCAGGCGGCGGCUUGCGGUGUUGCGUUUGAGGCUGCUCGGCUCCUUUUUCACGGACACUUUUUGAUGGGAUCCGUUGUUCUACCCGCUUCGUCGGACACACACAUUACGUUUAAAUAGUCAUCGAAUAAAAACGAGACAGAGGGAGAGAAAAAAAAGAGAGAGUCUGGCGCAGGGCGGGCCAAGAUGGUUGACCGCCUGGCCAACAGCGAGGCCAACUCCAAGCGCAUCUCGGUCGUGGAGGGCUGCUUCGGGGCGGCAGGCCAGCCCCUGGCCAUCCCGGGCCGCGUCCUGAUCGGCGAGGGCGUCCUCACCAAGCUGUGCCGCAAGAAGCCCAAGGCGCGCCAGUUCUUCCUCUUCAACGACAUCCUGGUCUACGGCAACAUCGUGCUGCAGAAGAAAAAGUACAACAAGCAGCACAUCAUCCCGUUAGAGAGCGUCACCAUCGACACGGUGCCCGACGAGGGCGAGCUGCGCAACGGCUGGCUCAUCAAGACACCCACCAAGUCCUUCGCCGUCUACGCCGCCACCGCCACCGAGAAGUCCGAGUGGAUGAACCACAUCAGCAAGUGCGUCCAGGAGCUGCUCCAGAAGAGCGGGAAGGCGCCGGCCGGCGAGCACGCCGCCGUCUGGGUGCCCGACUCGGAGGCGGCCGUCUGCAUGCGCUGCCAGAAGGUCAAGUUCACGCCCGUCAGCCGCCGCCACCACUGCCGCAAGUGCGGCUUUGUGGUGUGCGGGCCCUGCUCUGAGAAGAAGUACCUGCUGCCCAGCCAGUCGUCCAAACCCGUGCGGGUCUGCCAGUUCUGCUACAGCGAGCUGAUGGCCGGCGGGCGCUCCGACUCGGUCGGCGGACGCACCGGGAACUUCCGCGACAUCUCGGACGACGACGACGACGAUGACGACAGCAGCGACUGAUGGGGGCGGGGCCCGGCCCGCGCUGGUACCGUUUUUUGAACUGAGACUCUAAACGCCACGCGCGGGUACCGCCGCCGCCACGCACUGACAUCCGCCAAAACCAGGAGGCGGAGCUAAAAGUCAAACUAGUUUAAAGGCCUGUCAUUUCCAAAACAUGUUGGCAUUUCUUGGGGCCAUGAUUGAGAAAAUUCAGGGAAAAAAGUGGAAUGUUGAAAAGUAAAAGUAACCUUUUACUUUUUCUUUCUUUUUGAAGGGAGCAAAGUCAAGAAAAAAAUCUAUUCAGGCAAUCUUCCCACAAGUUCAGUCAUUUUUUCAAAAGCAGUUGUACUUAUUCACAUUUUGCUAAUUUUUGAGAAUGAUAUAUUUCUAGAUGUCUUUAGAGACAAAAGCUGAUUUUUUUUUUCUUUUCUAUUUGGGGUGUCACCAAGUGGAUGCUUCCGAAAACUCAAGUAGCGACCAUGCACGUGCCUACACUCGUAAUCACCUCUGUGCCUCGUACAACACACUAAACGCCUCUCCACCCGGACCAAGCGCAAAAAAAAAAGCAGCAAUUUGGUGCUUGCGGAAUGUCGUCUUGGCGACAGUUGCCAUGACUAUACAAUUUAUCUGUUGGCAUUUUGAUAAAGCAAUAAGCACGAAAGCUUGCCCAUUUGUGGCUACGGAAUGAUUCAACAAACAAACUAAUGUACAGGAUUGUGGUCAGAUGUGGAUUUUUACUUGUCGGUCGUAUUAGGGCCCCACCAGGAAAAGAAAAGUAAAACUAGAUUUUUCAGAGAGAGAAAUUAGAAUUUCAACUGUAAUCUGAGUUUAGGAUUUUUUUUUUUCUUAAGAGCCUUUACUUUUGUAAGAGUACGAUUCAUUUCUAGAAAAAGUAACCUCUGAAGAUUUGUUUAUUCUCAUGAGAUAACAUUUAUAUAUAUAAAAAAAAUGGUAUUUUUGUGAAGUUGCAACUUGUUAAAAUCAAACAAAUCUUAGAAAAAAUCUUAAUACACUAGUCUUGAAUAAAAUUUACAGUUAAGAUUACAAUUGAAAAUGAAAUUUGUUUGUUUUUUCUUAAAUUAAAAAAACUCAAAUUUCUUCCCUUGUGGGAAUGAAUCAGACUUUAUACUUUUGAUUUUGUUUAGAAAGUUUAAUAAAAUCUGCUUUAUUUUUGUAACACUAUUACGAAUAGAAUUAACUCUACUCUAUGACUAAAUAUUGUCAAGAUUACAACAUUUUACACACAAAAAAAAGCUUUUCCCACACACAAGUGAUGCUCUAAGAAAAAAAACUAUUUUAAAACAUUUAUUCUUGGAAAAAACAGUACAGUGGCAAAAAAACUACUUUUGUAGGACUAUUAUUCUCAGAACAUGGCUCACACUUAAAACUAGUGAAGUUUAAAAGCUGCUAAAGAAAGGGAUUUUUCUCUUUAGUAUUCUUCAUGUAACAUUUGUUUCAAACAAAUCCAGUGAUGAGGUGCACUUUGGUGAUCCUUGGGCAUUCAUAUGACUCCCAUGUUGAAUUUCUAAAAAGACUUUGUUUUGUUGGCCGUCCAUCUUAAUAACAAUUCAAAGCCAGCGAUAAACGAGGGCUUUUAUGUUGAGCAUUAUUUUGUGAGAUGUCUUGUUGACACACUAACUGCUGGCGCGCUUCCUAAAUGCUGCACCAAUGAAAUGUCAUCGUUCUUCCCCUCCAAAGGCCGCAAGGAGGCGGUUUCGGAGCUUCAGCAAAAGA